AUGUGGACGACCGGUUUCUCGUGUUUGCGGCCCUUCGCGAGGCCUGAGUCGGGCCGAAUCGGGGAGAUGUUGGUUGUGGGGGGACUCGGGUCGUUUGGCCGAGCACGGCCGGUGGGCUCAAGGGAGCCGCCCGCCGCGCAUCUCCUGCACUACGUGUAUCGUUGUCGAAUAAGAGGAACCAUGUCUGCCAUCCGCUCGUCGAUCCCCACCGCCCAGUUCGCCCGCAAGGCCGUGGCCGCCAAGCCGGCCGCGCGCUCGGCCGUCGUGGUCAAGGCCUCGCUGAAGGAGCAGGCCGCCAAGGCCGCCGUCGCCGCCGCCGCCGCCCUGUCGGUGGCCGGCGGUGCCAUGGCGGAGGUCGACCUGGAGCUCGGCCAGCAGGUGUUCGAGGGCAACUGCGCGGCCUGCCACGCCGGCGGCGGCAACUCGGUCAUCCCGGACCACACCCUGGCCAAGUCGGCCAUCGAGCAGUUCCUGGACGGCGGCUACAACAUCGAGGCCAUCACCUACCAGGUGCAGAACGGCAAGGGCGCCAUGCCCGCCUGGGCCGGCCGCCUGACCGACGAGGAGAUCGACUCGGUGUCCGCCUACGUCUACAAGCAGGCCGGCGAGGGCUGGUAA